CAACAAAUCAUGACCCAGCUCGAAGCCGCGCAGGGCAUGCUCGCCUGGCUCGUCCAGGAGGGUGGCUACGUGCACCCCAACGUCGAAGCGCGCCAAGACGCCACGGGCCUAGGGCUGUACGCCACAUCGCCGAUUGCGCGCGACGAGCGCCUCAUCUCCUGCCCCUCCAGCCUGGCCGUGACGCCCGCCCUCGCGCGCGCAGCCAUAGCAGACGUCUGCGGCGUCACCCCCGCGGACCUCGUGCACGCCGGCGCGCCGUGGCCCGAACGCAUGCUCGCCGCCGUCUACGUGGGCCUGCACGCGCUCCACGCCGACGAAUGGCCACAGGCGCUCAAGCACCGCGCGUAUACCGCGACGCUGCGCGCGCCGCCCACCCCACAUUUGUGGACGGACGCCGAGCGCGCCUUGUUGGCCGGCACGAACCUGGCCGGCGCGGUGGAGACGCAGGCGCGCGAGUGGCGCGCCGAGGCCGAGACCGUGCGCGAGGUGCUCAAGGAAGAGGGGUUUACAUGGGAGCUGUACGCGGCGCUGAACGCGCACGUAUCGUCACGCGCCUUCCCGAGCGCCUUGCUCCGCCUUCCUUCGGGCUCGGAGACGAGCGCCGCCUCCACCCCCGUUGAAGAAAGCCACCCCGUCCUCCUCCCCGGCUUGGACCUUCUGAACCAUAAGCGCGGACAAGCUAUCACAUGGCUGUCGGCCAAGAUCGCCGGCGCAGCCGCCGACGUCCCGGCCAUCUCGUUCGUCUCGCCCGGCCAGCCCCCGGGCCAAGUGUACAACAACUAUGGCGCGCGCGGCAACGAGUCCCUCCUCCUCGGAUACGGGUUCGUGCUCGCCCCUAGCCCGGACACCCCGGAGGGGAACCCAGACGACACACUCGUGCUGCAGCUCGGCGGGAUGAAUCCUGAGAUUGUUGCGGCGCUCGAGAAACAGGGGAUACAGGCUGGACAGCGGUUCGAGGUUCGCCGCGACGGCGUGCUCCCCCAGGACCUUGUGCGCACGGUGCGCGUCAUGAUGGCCGAUAGUGCGUGUGCGUGUUGCGGCGGCGACGGGCAUGAGCAUGGUGACGAGGACGCGCAUGAGCAUGAGCAUGGGCACAACCACGACGACCACGACGACGAAGACGAGCACGCGGCGCACGAGAAAGAGGUCGCCGAGCUCGAGCUCGAGCUCGACGUGCUCGGCAUGCUCGGCAGCAUGCUCGAGGACAAGCUCAGCCGGCUCGAGGACGAGCCUGAAGCCGCGGCCGCGGCGCGGCCCGAGAUCGCCCGCAUGGCGCGCAUCUACCGGCAAGGCCAAGUGGCGAUCGCGGAGGCGGCGCUCACGCAGCUCGCGGAGCGCGUGGAGCGCGUCGAGACACUCCUCGCCGACGGGCCUACCUGCCCGUGCGGGUGCUAGACUAUGCAUGUGCUAAGUGUAUCCGCCGCCCU